AAUUUUUUUCUGAUUUAUGAUUAUAUAUGUGGAUAAGAAUAACCCAAGUAGAUGCCACUUCACUACAAUACAAUCUCAUUUCAUACAGAUUCCACUCUGCUACCAUGCAAAUUCUUCCCCUUCAUCUGGACCCAACUCAAAUGAACAAGGAGAAGGAUCAGAUGCAUACAGGUAACCAUUAGAAGAUAUGGGAGACUCCCGUAAAGAGAGGACCCAAUCUAUAGUCAAAAGAAAGCAGCUGAAUGGAACAAUCACGAGCAAGACACAAAUUCAAGCAUCAGUCUUCAUGGAGCCACAUGUGCAAGAGGAACAAUUACAUCCUUUUUCAGCUUCAAUGAAUGCUCCAAGUGAAUCCUCCUGUCCCAUUUGCUCAAGCUAUAAUAGUUGCAAAACAGUUCUCUCAAGAACAAAGUUUAUGAAUAUUUUGAUAGAGAAGGGGAAACCUCGUGAAGUCCACUCUGUUUUCAAAGGUUUAACGGAAGAAGGACACAGGCCAACUCUCGUAACGUACACAACUGUUUUAGCUGCUCUUACUCUUGAGAAGCGUUUCAAGUCAAUUCCGUCACUUCUUAAUAAGAUCGAACAGAAUGGACUAAAAGCCGACUCUAUAUUCUUCAAUGCAAUGAUUAAUGCUUUCUCUGAAUCAGGAAACAUUAAGGAAGCAAUGAAAAUAUUACGGAAAAUGAGGGAGAAAGGGUGUAAGCCAACAACCAGUACCUUUAAUACCUUAAUUAAAGGGUUCGGAAUCAUUGGUAAACCCGAAGAAUGUCUGAAACUGUUUGAUAUCAUGUUACAGGAAGAAAAUGUGAAACCAAAUGACAGGACGUAUAAUAUUCUCGUUCGAGCUUGGUGUAACAAGGGAAACAUUUCAGAAGCAUGGAAUGUGGUCUACAAAAUGAUUUCAGCUGGCGUUAAACCUGAUGUUGUGACGUACAAUACAAUAGCAAAGGCUUAUGCCCAGAAUGGUGACACCAGUCGAGCUGAAGCAAUGAUAUUUCAGAUGCUAAACGACAAAGUGAAACCGAACGAGCGGACAUGUGGUAUAAUUGUAAAUGGUUAUUGUGGAGAAGGUAAUAUGACGGAUGCAUUCAGAUUUGUGUACAAGAUGAAGGAUCUUGGAGUGCAUCCAAAUCUUGUCAUAUUCAACUCACUCGUCAAAGGGUUUCUCGACUGUACUGAUCCCGAUGGAGUUGAUGAGACACUGACACUGAUGGAAGAAUUCGGGGUAAAACCUGACGUGGUAACAUUUAGCACUAUAAUGAAUGCAUGGAGUUCUGCUGGACUCAUGGACAAAUGCCAAGAAAUAUUUGACGAUAUGGUUAAGAACGGCAUAGAACCCGACAUUCAUGCAUUUAGCAUUCUCGCAAAAGGCUAUGUGCGUGCCGGGGAACCAGAAAAGGCAGAGGCGCUCCUGAAAGUCAUGGGGUCGUCAAAAGUUCAUCCAAACGUAGUAAUCUUCACUACAAUCAUCAGUGGAUGGUGUAGCACUGGUAAAAUGGAGUAUGCUCUAAGAAUGUACGAGAAAAUGUGUGAGAUGGAUGUAUCCCCAAAUUUGAAGACCUUUGAAACUCUAAUAUGGGGAUACGGGGAAGCAAAACAGCCAUGGAAAGCCGAGGAGUUCCUCCAAAGUAUGGAACAGACGGGUGUGCGUCCUCAGAAGAAAACUAUUCAGCUUGUGGCAGAUGCAUGGCGAGCCAUCGGUUUUCAAAGUGAAUCUGAGAGAAUCUUGAACUUUACUGCAGAAGAUCAGAUAGUUGCAUCGAAUGCUAAUACAGAUGAGACACCAGAGAAUGGCGUAAAAAGGAUUUAUAGUAAAGAAAAACUUGACGGUUCUUAUUCAAAUUUGUCACCGACAUCUGGUACCAUUACAGGAUAUCAGAAUGGAUCAACUGCUAUCAAUUCAAGAAGCCAGAUGGUGCUCAAGAGAUCCAAGUCUUCAUCGGAAUGCCAGAUCACUGCAGUUAAAUCCAUUUUUCGCUUUCGUACUUGUGGGUUCAAAGCAAAAUCACCAUUGGUGUUUUGCAAACAUGAUUAUGUUUUGGUGCGAAGCUAUGGGUACUCUUCAUGUAUGGUGGCGUUUUAAGUUUCAAAAAGCUCGACGUUGCCUUGUGAAUUUCUUGCAUAUUGCAAGAUUAACCAACACAUGUAUCUAUACAUCUUCUAUCUUGUUGGGUUAUUCUAUGACAAUUCAUCUUGUAUCUAUGCGUUUACACCAUGUGGUAAACCUAUUCAUUUCCUAAUUCAGUUUCUGAUUCUCAUUAUUGUU